AUGGCAAAGGAAAACUCAACGGGUGAAGAUUACGACUUCUAUCUUCGGGUCAUAAAUGUUCCUGAGUUCUGGCUUGGUUUAGCUACAACAGGCUUUGCGAUGUCUGCAGUAACUUUUGUAUCGAACGCCAUUCUGCUCUUCAUUAUUUACAAGGACCCUCGACAGUCGUUUCGCACGGCGCCAAGUUUCCUAAUCGCCAAUCUGAGCGCAUCCGAACUUUUGCUUGGAAUUGUAGUUGUGUUUCCCGUGGCCUUGAGAGAUGUGUUGCGGUACCUUCAAUUGCCUCUGUCUCACGCUGGUCUGCUGAAAGCUAUUAUCUACAUCAUUGUUUCCACGACGCUGUUUGUUAGCAGGUUCACUUUGAUCGCGAUGUCCUUGACUUGUUACAUUGCGAUCAACAACCCCAUGUUCUACAGAACCACGAUUACCGAGAAAAGAAUCAAAAUUCUGAUUGCGUCGAUAUGGAUUGUAGCUCUGCCAAUUUCGCUUCUUCCGGCAACGAAUUUAGCGGAGAAGACGUACACACUGAUUUACCUUCACACUCACGUCUCGCUUCCCGCCAUUGUUCUGACGCUCGCGUAUAUUAACGUUUUUCGCGCGUUCUCGAGACGCAAACAAGACGCUCGUGUCAGCUUCAAAAAUUCACGGAUAGACAAAAGACAUACGUUGGCGCGGGAAAGAAAUAUGGCCAUCACUAUCAUAACCAUUCUGGUGUUGUUCUUUAUCACGUGCGUUCCUCUCUAUACCACGUUACAUUUGCUAUACCUCUGCAAGACAUGCCAAAAGUCGGUCACGUUUCAUAAAAUUGACGUUGUUGCAUCACGUUUGUUGUUCAUCAGUUCUUCAAUUGAUCCAUUCAUCUACGCCUGGAGGGUUCCAAAAUAUCGCCAAGCACUGCGCGAUUGUUUCAACAUUCUAAAACACAGCUUAACAUCCAGAUUUAGGUCAAAUCUAAAUGUGGGGUUGUCCUUUUCGAGGAAAAGUACGACAAACAUUAACAGUUCCUCGUCUUGUUUGAGCGCUGUAAAGUAG